UUUUUCCUGAGGUUGUGAAAGGAAUUCCACACUGAAACCCAGGACAAGUUAAGACUGGCUUGGCAUUUUGUGCUUGUAAGCGCCAACGAGAUCCCAAUCUAGGUUUUCGUGAUGGAGUGACUGUCAAACCUGCAUCCGGAAUGUGUUAAUAGUUCCUGACUCCCAUGGAGCUAAGUAGGGUGGAGCAGGGUGGAUCUAUGCGUCAGUACAGGAUACACCCUUGGCAUGCGACGCUGAUUGAUUUCCAGAGGAAGUGGAGUUUGGGUUUACACUAGUGAAGCCAAAAUGCUCAAAUCAAGACCAGAUAUACUCUUUGACCUGCUCCACUCAACAGUCCGGCAACUGUAUUUUUUUUCCUGAACUGACUAACGUUUCUGUGUUAGCCUUCAAGGGCAGCCUCAAAUACAACACGGUGUAGCAAUCUAUCCUUUUUGAAGUUGACACUUUUAUUUCCACGAUUUGAUGCAACACCACUAAGCAACGGUACCUUGUUUUAACCACGCAUCAAUCUGCUCAUUAUCAUCCGACUCAUGACAAAACCUAACCACUGAGUCAGGACAUUCCAGGGCAACACAUUGAUGAGAUAAGGAAGGAAGAAAACCUGGUUUCUAUUGAGGGCAACCAGUUCAAUUUUGGCAGAGCUUAUUUCUCUCCUGGUGGGUUUAUAACCCAGAAGCUCUGAGUCACUUUUCUCACUCUAGUCUUUCCAUCUCUCUCUCUCUCUCUCUCUGCCGUCAACAUUCCCAUCAGCUGCAGACAUUCAGCCAGAUCUCCCUUCGGAAAUAGGCGGUCAUGUGCUUUUGUCUUAAACUGCCUGAACCUGUCUUUCCAGAAAGCUUGAAACUUAAUACCAUGCGGGUGCUCCUGUCGGAAAGAGUAUGGAUACUCCAUGGUGGCUUCAAGACUUCUCAAAUCUUCUCAUUGUUCCACUUUCUUCGCCUGUUCUGCUUUUUUAACUGAUUCCUAACCAUAUUCAUGGGUCAAAAUUCCAAACAGUCAACCAUUCGCCGGAAAAAGGGAGAUGUAACUUCAAACAAAAUAAGUCUUCAAGGAAUUAUGUUGGAAGAGUGACGUCUCAUCCGCCGUGGUUUUCUUGGAUUCUGUAUUUUUCAAACAAGCUUGUUCUUGGGGUGUUUUUUUUGCUUCUUGUUCCCCACCCUAAAGUGGGGGAAGCGAUGUGGAAAAGAAACAAAAAAAUUUCACAAGGGUCCUGAGUUACCGGAUAGCAGGUUCAUUAACGGAACACAUGCCAGGGUGAAGCCCAAGUUGGAACACGAUGAUCUGCUUCAAAAGAAAAACUUAUUUAGCCGCAGGAAUGUGCCUGGUGGCUUUUGUUUCUGUGCUGAAGCUUUUUUACUCCCAAACAGGGAAAAAACCUUUCUUGCUCAAAACAGGGAUCCUGAAAAGGGAUGGCGUCUGCAAUGGUGACAUCGGCAAUAAAUCCAUCUCGAGUUUAGGAAACAACAGGAUUUUGGUGAUUGCCGCAUACUUUGACAACAGGGUAAAGAAUCUGACUCGGGUUCUUGGGAUCGUACAUCACAAGGAGGUCGGAGAGCAGUAUUGUUGGUUCUGCUGUCCGGACAGCAAUGAAAUAUACGUCUCCAAAGCAGUGAUAGAUGUCCAUUCGGACCGAUUUGGAUUCCCAUAUGCGGCAGCAGACUUUAUCUGCGUAGAACCUGCCAACUGUCACCCUCGCUACGUAGCGCUGCACCCGUUUCCGAAAGGAGAAGCCGGCCGGUUGCAACGCUUUGAGAUUAGAAACCGCAGGCUCGAGAGAUCCCCCGUGGAAUUCACGGUGUGCAUUUCUACGAUGUUCGGCGGCUAUAACAACGUGCUUCAGUUUGUGCAAAGUAUGGAAAUGUACACCAUCCUUGGGAUGCAGAAGGUUAUGAUCUACAGGAACAACUGCAGCCAGCAAAUGGAAAAAGUCCUGGAUUAUUACGUGGCCCAAGGGACAGUUGAGGUCAUUCCUUGGCCCAUCACAUCCUACCUCAACGUUUCGAGGACAUGGAAUUUCCCAGGGGACACAACACAAAUUGGAUACUAUGGACAAAUUGCGGCCUUAAAUGACUGCAUCUAUCGGAAUAUGUACAGGAGCAAGUACGUAUUGCUGAAUGACGUGGAUGAAAUUAUCCUGCCCAUUGAAUACACAAACUGGCAUACCCUGAUGGAGAGCCUUCAGGAACAAAAUCCAGGAAGCGGCAUUUUCCUUUUUGAGAACCACAUCUUUCCUAAGACCAUUUUUACCCCUUCGCCUGUCGACGUCCCGUCCUGGAAGGCCAUUCCCGGAGUCAACAUACUGCAGCAUGUUCUCCGGGAACCAGAUAGGAAAGAGGUCAUCAAUCCACGGAAAAUGAUCGUCAAUCCCAGGAAAGUCAUCCAGACAUCCGUCCACUCGGUCCUCCAGGCAUUCGGAGACAGCGUGGAAGUCCCAAUGGAGACUGCUCUGGUUUAUCACUGCCGGACCCCUUUACAACCUCGUUUGCUCAGGGAAUCUUUAAUUCGGGACACAACACUCUGGAGGUAUCGUUCGGCGCUGAUCAGCAGGGUUAAUCAGGUGCUACGGGAAAUAAUGCUGUGACUUCCAACGCAAUGAGCUCAAGAAAACAAGACUGUUUUCUCUCUUUGGAUGCUAACUCAAGAAAAGGCUUGGGAAGAUCAGAGACAGGAUGGGAGUACCUGCACACAUAGAGGAGUAGCAAGCAAAUCCAGCACACAGUUUUGCUGUUUAAGCUAGGAGGGAAAAAAACCACAAACACAUCCGAUUGUGUUUUUUCUCGCUCAUCUGAGAUAUAAAACGGGAGUUAGCAGGACUACGUAUUUGUCUUGCUUUGGCAAAAGGUAUGAGCACAUGAAAAAACGCAUCAGCAACCCAGUGGCCCCUGUUUUAACAUCUAAUUUCUG